GACAACAACCUCGGGAUGCCAAUUGGUUAAAAUGCACGUGUAACUGACAGAUUAUUGCCUCAGGAAACAUUGAAUGUCAUGAGAAAGAAUGAAUGACAAGCUCAUUUAAAUAUGUUCUGUUAACGUGGAAAGGACAAACUGCACGUUUUGAUAACAGUUGAUACCAUGGUCAAGACGAUACCAUUAAUUAUUGGAGCGGGAACAUUGACGUUAGCCAUUAUAGUAUUAUACAACGUAACACAACCUGAUAACCACAUUAUAAAAUUACUACGACUUAAUCGGACUAUUGGUGAACCCAAUUCUGUCUCAUUAAAUAAACCAGUAAAAAUAUCAGGACAGGAUAUCCACUUAGAAAGACUACCACCAGAAUCACCAGCAAGGAAAAUGUUUGAAAAGGAACUUUCUAGGAUAAGUUACAAUUUAAAAUCGGGUCAAAUUGCGGAUUAUGGACCCGAAUCUUUUGUUGUGUAUUCAGAUGUAGAUGCUGAGAAAACUGUUAAUCCUAAUCCAAUGAUGGCUCAGGCUGUGAUAGUUCCCGAACAACAACAACAACCAGCUCUUAAUUUACAUAAUCUGCUUGCUAAUGAAAAUAAUAAGCUAUCAAAUGUUCCUUCUCAAUUUAACUUAGAAACACACAAAGGAAUACAGAAUGUCCCUGUAAACUCAAAUAACCCAAAUUAUAUUCAAAACACGCAUAUUUUAAAUGUUCCUGCCAAUCAAAAUUCUCAAAAUGAACAAAUACAAAAUGUACCUGUCGGACAAAGUGCCCAAAAUGCACAGAUACCAAAUGUACAGAUGCAAAAUGUACAGAUGCCAAACGCACAAAUACCAAAUGUUCAUAAUCCUCAAGAUUGGAAAAUCAUCAACCAAAGUGCACAACUAUCAGCAAAUCAAAUAGAGGCACACGACAACCAACUGAUAAAUCAACCUGGUCUGCAGAAUCAACAAGGGGCUAAAAUAAACUAUAAUUCUGGUGGUGUGUGGCAGCCAAUAGAACAGAACCAUCAACUGUCGGGUAUUGUUCAGGGUGUCCAGAAAAACUCAAAGGCGGGGACAACGUAUUGAAGACUUGUAAAGGGUGAUCAUUUCAUUAUUAUUUUUGUGAUUAAUUUUGAAGAUAUUGUUCAAAGCAUGUGCGUAUUUGUUUUGUUAUCAGUAUGAGCUAAUUUCAAGAUUUCAGUAUUGUUAGAAUAAACUUUUUUUUAAUUUUUGGUUGAGUUUUAUUUGUGUAUGGAAGUGUGGUAAACAAUUACUUAAUAUUUACAUGAAACGGGUAUUUUGCAGAUAAUGUUUGUGGAAAUGUCAUUCAAAACACCAUGAUAUGGAAAGGG